UUUUGCCUCUCUGGGAACACCGGCGGAGGGGGGCGAACGCGGUGACCGUUCGCCUUGACCACGUGACUGGGCAGCCCAGAGAACUCGCCUUUCUGGUACCUAAAUAAAAAACUGUCCGCAAAUUUAUCGUCUUGGUCGGUUCUGUGCGGGGUGCCGGUCCAAGAAAUGGCGGAAGCUACAGGUGUAUCAAGUUUAAAUCCAAAUGCGGAGGUGGUUAGAGGACAGGUCUUUGAGGUGGGGCCCCGUUAUACGAAUCUUGCUUACAUCGGGGAGGGUGCCUAUGGAAUGGUGGUAUCAGCUCUAGAUACUGAAACAAAAACAAAAGUAGCAAUUAAGAAGAUUUCUCCUUUUGAACAUCAGACAUAUUGCCAGAGGACACUGCGGGAAAUUAAAAUCCUAACAAGGUUUAAGCAUGAAAAUAUAAUUGAUAUUAGGGAUAUACUCAGAGCACCUACCAUAGAUCAAAUGAAAGAUGUGUAUAUUGUGCAAUGUUUGAUGGAGACUGAUCUCUAUAAACUUUUGAAAACUCAGAGACUGAGCAAUGAUCAUAUAUGCUACUUCUUGUACCAAAUACUGCGAGGUUUGAAAUACAUACAUUCUGCAAAUGUGCUUCAUAGGGACUUGAAACCGAGCAACCUUUUACUUAACACCACUUGCGACCUUAAGAUAUGUGACUUUGGAUUGGCUAGAGUUGCAGAUCCAGAUCAUGAUCAUACUGGUUUUCUAACUGAGUAUGUAGCAACUCGCUGGUACAGAGCACCUGAAAUUAUGCUUAAUUCUAAGGGAUAUACAAAAUCUAUUGACAUAUGGUCAGUCGGUUGUAUUCUGGCAGAAAUGCUAGCCAACAGGCCAAUCUUUCCUGGAAAGCACUACCUUGAUCAGUUAAAUCAUAUCUUGGGAGUGCUUGGAUCGCCAUCACAAGAAGAUUUAGAUUGCAUUAUAAAUGAAAAGGCACGAAGUUAUUUACAAUCUCUUCCAUUUAAACCCAAAGUUCCAUGGACAAAAUUGUAUCCGCAUGCAGAUCCAAAAGCACUUGAUCUUCUAGACAAAAUGUUGACCUUCAAUCCUCACAAGCGAAUAGUGGUAGAGGAGGCAUUGGCCCACCCCUAUUUAGAACAGUAUUAUGAUCCUGCCGAUGAACCUGUUGCUGAAACUCCAUUCAGAUUUGACACGGAAUUGGAUGAUUUACCAAAGGAUCACCUGAAAAAAUUGAUAUUUGAGGAAACACUAUUAUUUAAACAAAGACAGUACAAGAUAACAUCAACAUCAUAGUCAUUUGAAUAAGGGUUUAGAUUAUGAACAUAAUUUUUCAGUUUCACAUAUUUGAUAAUUGUAUUUAAAUUAUUAUUUACUUAUAGUUGAAGUCAGAGCACAGAUUGGUUAGUGUGUUCCAAAAUUAAUGUAAAAUAAAUACCAGCACAUAGCUCCAGUUAGCUUAAUUUUUAAUUUGAAAACGCUAAACAGACCGCCACAAAGAUGGUAUUGGAUAUCAAAAAAACUUUGUUCCUUUGAAAUAAAUAAACAUAAAACAAAAGUGAUUUUGUUUCAGUUCCUUCUAAGAUAUUUUUUAUUUUUAACCUUUUUCUUGUUUUUAUUAAUUUCAAUUAACUUUUAAGGUUUAAAUCAUUGAUAUUUUCUUUUAAAAAAAUCAUUUUAUUUACUUUUCUUUUGGGCUACUAUAUACUGGAUGGUAAAAUAAGCUAUUUGGUUAAUAUUUUACACUAAUUCUAUGGCACCAUUUAUUUUCGAUUUUAACAGGAGUGUCGCUAUGUAAGUUUCAAAAUAAAUUUCAAGUAUCUUCAAGAAUUAUCAUAAACGAAUGUGAGUAAAAGUAAAGUUACAUUUCACUGCACAUCAGAAAAUCAAAAUAAAGAUUCCUAGAACAAUAUUGUUUAUAUAUUCGUAAAAACUAAUAAGUUUUAUUUAUUUAUCAUGUGAAUGUCAUGCAAAUGUCAAAACGAAUUUAAUUUAUUCCAUGUUUGCGCUGAGCCGAAAAUUUUGAUGAACAGCAGUGCAAAGAAUAUUAAUUUAGCGACACUUCUGAACUACCAACUUCAUCAGUCCUGUAAAGUGGUCGAACAAAGUUAUUGUCUGUUGUAGUUUUUAUCAUGUCAAUUUAAUUGUAAAUUUUGUAGAAUAAUUUUGUACAAAUAUGUAUUAAUUAGUAUUUUUAUUAUCUAUAGUUUUACUUCCAAAAAAAUAAAACUUGUUUGAAAAAGAUAAUGUUGAACCAAAAAGUUUUAUUUGGAAAAUAUGGUUGUGUCAAGUACAGUAUCACUGUAGAGUACUUAUUAAAAUCAUUAAUUGUAAGAUGUUUAAUGAUAUGAGUUAUAUAUUAUACACAGAGUUAAAGAAAAGUACAUUUUUUAAUACCUUUUAAGAAAGAAAAAACUAAGAUAUUUGAAUCCCCAACUCUUCAAUUUAUUUUAAUAUAUUUUUGAUGAAAAUUAAGCACUAUUGAGCAAACAUCAAAAAAUGUUCAGUGAGAAGGUCCCUUCAGUAUGUGAGUCAUUUCAACUCACAUAAGAUCUGUCAUUUUAAAUCGCGCGUUCAACCAAUAGGAAUGAAUUGUAAUAAAUAUGUUUUUUAAUUCUAAAGAGGUAUAGAAAACGAAAUAUAACUCUUAUUGUUCCAGAUAAAUAGUGAGAACUUUAGAAGUGACUACCAAGGUACUGGGCUGUCCUAAUUAAUAUUCAUAGUUGAUCUUUUGAUUAGUUACUUUAAAAGGAAAAAAAACAAUAUUUUGAGCACUUAUCUAACACAUAAUAGAUUUUAUCUUUCCAAAACUAGCGUUGCCAAUUAACUACCCAUAUUUAGAUGUUUCAAAUUUGAUUUUGUUUAAAAAUUGCAGUAGUUUCUUGAAUGCAAAAUUUGUUCAGUCUAGCAUCCUUGACAUCGACUUGGGGGUAGGUGCGCAAUUGAAUACGGUUAGUUUUUAAUAAUUUUAAUUUUUAAUAAUACGUAUAAUAUCGGCACCUUUUUACAGGCUAUAAAAUGAAGGAUUGAAAAGAAUCAAAAUAUAUGUUAUCCAAAGGACUAGCAUAAGAACGAAACGCCUUAAGUUAUUUUUAUCUUGGGGGACAUAAAAAGUUAAAAUAAAAAAAUAUGUAUGUAAACUUCAAAAAAUAAAACCAAUUUUUGAACAGAACAUUAGGGAUAUUUUGGAACAUUUAAAAAUUUAAUAUAAUAACUAUAAUAAAUAGAUCCUAAAUUAGCCAGAAUUCCAGAAUUUUUAGAGCGCAAAUCACAGGUUGCAUAUUGGUUAGUUAAAAAGAAUCACGAAGAAAUGCAAUCAUUAAAAAAUAAACGUUUUCUGUUGGCGACUGAUGAUAUUUUAUCAUUUUUAAUACAAGCAAUAUCAAAAAUUAUUAAAAUUCAAUAAUUGCAUUAAAAUUGUAGAAAUAUUAAUUUUUCAUAUUGAACGUUAAAAUAGAUAUGAAAACAUUAAUCGCGACUAGAGAUAGUGCAUAGAAAAAUAUUGUUUUUUUUCUAAGUGAAGAUUUUGCAAAAUUAAUAAAUUUCAACAAACUUUAUUUUGCUCAUUAGAUAAACUUAUAUAAAAAGUGAUGACCAGUAUAACUGUUUUAUUCACAGGACUUUACAGAAGAUACUGUUUUUUGUUGUUAGGUAGUAAUUAUAAGAAAGUACACUAUGGACUAAAAGCCUGAAAAUUCCAUUUCUGAUAAGAUACUUUUGAAAGGCUUCCAAAUCAUUAAUGCCCGACAUUUCCGAUAUUUUUUUGUAGAUCGUGUUUCUUCUGUUUAAUUUAAUUGGCUGUUACCAUGCUCAAAUUGUGAAAUGUAAACGGACUUAGUACAAAUAGCUGUGGAUAAAUUCCUUAAAUGAAUUGGGAACGUUGAAAAAUAACAGAACAACUGUCAUUUAAUUAAAUAAAAUAAAUUAAAAUCGACAUGGUAUAUUUUCUUUAUCUAACCGCAACCGCUAUUGAGGCGGGCAAAAUUUAAAAUAUAACAAAGUUUCUCUGUGUAAAAGCAUUAAUUUUAAAGAUGAUGAUACAUUUUUAAAUAGUGGGUCAUAUAAAUCGCCUUUUAAUUUUUUUUUUGUUCCGAGCAAGAUGUGUAAAAUUAAGAAAUCAGCAAAUUGAUUAAGCCUUGACUGGUUCAAUUAUUACAUAUAUCCAACUACUGUUUAUAUAAAUUAUUCAAAAUGGAUAUAUUUGCAGUCAAUAAAUUUCUCCCUCUUCUAAUGCCUAUUUUGCCUAUGAAAUAAAAAUUGCCCAAUUAACACAAUCUUAAUUAAAUUAUAAAUUUUGUUUAACAAUAUUUACUUAAUAUCGGAAAUGUGUGUAUAAAUAUUAAAUAUUCAGACAUAGCAACCUCACUGUGAAUUAUCGAUGAGUAUUUUAAAUAUUUCAAUAUCUAGCUGUGAUCCUUCACUAUAAAUUAAUAUUUUAGCAUGUACGGUAUCAAAAAAUGUUAUGUAGUGAAAAUUCUCUUUAAUCUCUUUUGGAGUUUAUCUGUGUGUCGAUGUUUUUUAAGUCGAUUGACUUUCGUGUUAUAAACCCUACAAUUUUUCGAUUCGUUGUCUGUGUCGCAUAUAUUUAUUCAGCUAGCUCUAGUUCUAUCGUAUCUGUCGUUCAACUAAAAUGUCAUGUUUCAUCGAAAUUAUCACGAUAUUGAUAUUGUCUUGAUAUAAAGAACUUAACGAAAGAAAAUUAUAAUUGCUUGCAAUAAGAUUCAGGCAAAGUAUUUUUAUUCAUUUCUCUUUCGUAUUCCGACAAAACUUAAAGUUGAUUCCGAUAGUUUAAAUUUUCUUAUGGUUUGCCCUAAUGAUAUUUUACGAAGCACCCUAUAAAAAUUUCUUAAAAUCAACUAAAUUAUGUUGAGUCCUUGCCGAUCAAAAUGUGGGUGGUGCGGACUCAUUUAGAUAUAAAUACAGGUUUUUGCAUUUGAAAUUCUAAAAACAAAUUUCAUACAUCAAAGACCUUUGAUGCGGCGGAAUAUUAAAAUAUUAAAUAGUGCAUGGUUACGUUCUAAGUGUUAGUACGCAAAAAUAAAAGUUUUAGUCAAAGGUCUUUUUGUGUGAUACUUUUUCCUACUUUUUAUAUCCGCUGGUUCGUUAAAUAUACUUAAAUAUGUACCAAAUUAAAGGCAAAUAAUGUAAUAUUGAGAGUAUAGUUGCAUGUGAGAUAUGACUUAAAAGUAUCUUUUUGAUAUAUAUGUCAAAUAAAUAAAUUAAGUAUUUUCAGAUUUUAAAACCCAUAGUGAACAAAUAUGUGAUUGUAGCUCCACAUCAGAAAAAACUAUUUUUAUAAAAAUAAAAAUAGUAAAAGUACUAUUAAAGAUGACGGAGAUGUUUUUUAGAGACACAAACGGUUCAUUGGUAUGAACAAUUGUUGUUUAAAGGCCUAAAAUUUUUGUGUAUACUUGUUACAAUUAUAUACUGUUAAAAGUAUGUUACGUCUGU